UUGUUUCAGUCUAAAAUGGCCCUGGCGAUAUAGUACAUAUGUAAUGAACUAUGGAAAGAAAAAUGAAAUUACACGUUUUUCAUAAAUUUGCCAAAAAAUAUUUCUGCAUGCGUAAACUAUGAUUGGAUCCAAUGGUGCUUUCGUCGACAAUAGUUUGGUUCUAAGCGUUCAUUAAUGGGCAUCGACGAUCGUGUUGCUGUCGGCCUACGUAUUCUGCGAAAUACAUAUAUGUACUGCAUUGAGGGGACGAUUUUUUUCUAAAAAUGCAUUUAAAAUGCAUUUGUGCGUUUCUAAGCUGGAGAGCCUCUUGCAGAACACAGGCACACUUGCCGAUUGGUUACGUCACUUCCAGGCGUGGUGCGGUGCAAUGUGUUAUGUGCGUGUGCUACUGAAAAUGGCCGUGUACGUACGGGUCCGUCUAGUUUACUGAUUUCGACAUACUUUUUUCGCGUUUCCACGACUAUUUUUGGGUGAUGAACAGUGGAAUUUGUUCGGAUACACAUAGUUCGGGAGAUCGUGCGAGACAAAGUUUUCAGUGGAACGUCAAUGGUUGCAAACCAAGACAAAGUGUGCCUGUUUCGCCAACAGUGGAUCAUUAAAAGAGAAGCCUUGUGUCUGUUCAAGUGGAAAUAAGGGAUAAUUAAUAAUGGGUCUGAUUGUUGCUGCACACAUUGCUAUCGAUUAUAUUGAUGGAUCUAUCAUUUUCUGAACAUCGAUUAUAAGUUGUCAAGAUGCGGGAGAGAUUUGGUAUAAUCCCCUGGUAUCGAAUGGGGAUUUAAACCAUAUCUUUUUCUUAAAUUUUCUAUCGAGGUAGAAAAUACAUUGAUACGAUAAAAAGUAUGAUGCGCUAUAUUUAAAGAAAAGGAGAAGAUGAUUUCAUACAUCUUGUAACUGUUACAUGUUACAAUGAAUUAUUCAAGCACUAAAUAAGUUAAUGUUUAAGUGCAGAAUUAAAGUAGAUAUUUCUUGUUAAUGGUAAUACUAUUGAAUUUUAUAACAUAAUGUAAUAGAAGUACAGUUUUUAUACACGUGAAUGUAUUGAAAGAAUAUCGUAAAAAUGUCAUUCUUAUCGAAUUUAAAGAAAGCAUUCCACUUUGGUGGUAAUGAUGCAAAGAAAAAAAAGUUAUAUAAUAAUAUUAAAAUGGAUUGUAAUCCAGAAGAAUUCUGGGAAAUGGUGGGUGAACUUGGAGAUGGAGCAUUUGGUAAAGUGUAUAAGGCACAGCAUAAACAAACGAAUCAGCUAGCUGCUGCAAAAAUGUGUGCCCUUGAAGGAGAAGACGAUCUUAGUGAUUUCAUGAUUGAAAUAGACAUAUUAUCAGAAUGUAAACAUCCAAAUGUUGUCGAAUUACAUGAAGCAUAUUUUAUAGAGGGCAAACUAUGGAUGCUGAUAGAAUAUUGCGAUGGUGGUGCUGUUGAUUCCAUAAUGGUGGAAUUACAGAAAGCUUUAACAGAACCGCAAAUAGCCUAUAUAUGUCAACACAUGACUAAAGGACUUGCAUUUUUACACAAAUCCAAAGUAAUUCACAGGGAUUUGAAGGCAGGGAAUGUUCUGUUAACAAUGGCUGGAGGAGUGAAAAUCGCUGAUUUUGGCGUAUCUGCGAAAAAUAAGCAUACGUUACAAAAACAUGAUACAUUUAUUGGUACACCUUACUGGAUGGCACCAGAAGUAGUCUUAUGCGAAACGUUUCGGGAUAAUCCUUAUGAUUUCAAAGUAGAUAUAUGGUCGCUCGGGAUUACCCUAAUCGAAUUUGCGCAAAUUGAGCCUCCAAACCAUGAAAUGUCACCAAUGCGGGUACUCCUAAAAAUACAAAAGAGUGAUCCACCGAAACUCGAGCAACCUGGGAAGUGGAGUAAAGAUUUCAAUGAUUUUAUUGCGAAGGCUCUCAUAAAAGAUCCAACAUCAAGACCUCCAGCCGAUGAACUGUUGAAGCAUUCGUUUAUUAAUCGGAAUUUGGAUUCAAAGCCGAUCAGGGAUUUGCUCUUGGAGUACAAAGCCGAUGUCGUCGAAGAGGAAUUGGUCGACGAGGAAGCAGAGAAGGCAAAAAUGGCGAAAAAACACAAAGAACUAUAUCAGCGGAUCGGCUGUGCAUGCGGCUCUCCUGGGCCUCGCCAGCCCCAUCACCCCUGCGUUUGUCAGGAGCAACGCACAUCUCAGCUUCCUCUGGAGGUGGAUCAGCUCGGAGAUGACUCUGCAUCUAUGCGCAGUGACGCUGAUGUCAAGAUUUCUGAGAAAGAAAAUCUUGCCGCAUCACCCGUAUCUGCGAAGAAAGAAGAGAGCCACAAACGAGAGAUCAACAGAGAUGGUGAAAAGGAGGACAGGAACAAGAAAUUACGGAAAGCAGAAUCUAAAGAGAACAUACCUACGUCUGUUGAGAAGAAACAAGCACCUAAACCACCUAGUACAAGCGAAGCAAACGAACGUAGAGUAUCUCGGGAGAAAGGUCCUGCUCCUCCUCCACCUCCUAUGCGUCAGGAUAGUAAAAACGAGGAUAAGGAAAAUAAUUUGAAGACUUCCGAUAAGCAGAGCGUCAUCGAGAUACUAGACCAAUGUAAGAGCACUGAGGACAGCAAACGAGAAAAACACCCGUCAUCAGAGAGUCACGACAUGGUAGAGACAGGCUUGGAUACCGAGAAACAGGGCGUCAAAGAUAGUUUUGAGAAAUUAACAGCUGGUAAUGAGAAGGAGAAGGACACGAGACAGAAAUUGAUAGCCGAAGCUAAAGCGAGUCAGUCAUCCAGAAUGGAAUUACCAUUGGAAGAAAAAAGAAAAUCCGCUCCAGUUAGACCAGAGUCGACAGAGGAUUGGUCGAAGCCAGCAUUCAACAAACAAUCCUCGUUAGAAGAGAGAAGCAGAGGCGAGAAAAAACCCGUUGACGUGCAGAUGAAACGACCAUCCCUAACGGAAGACAGUCGCAAAAGCUUGCAGGAGAAGCGAAAGUCGGUCGAGGAGAAGUUAAAUGCGGUUCUAGAGAAACGAUUCUCGAUGGAUUCCGAAAUGCGCACGAACAUUCCAUCGCUGGAAACGUUGACGCGUCGAGAAACGGCCGGUCCAAGUGCGAUCCUGUCCGAAAAUAACAUCGUCAAGGCUUGCUCCACGGAGGAUAUUAAAACCGAUUACGGAACAGGCAAGGUGGAGUCUGUCGUUAAAAGUCACAGCGAAGGAUCAUCCAGAUACGAUUCGUUGGAGAACUUUUCGGACGAGUUCGAUGGGAAACGAGAAAAGAAGAAGAAGUGGUUACACAAGGAACUGACUCGUGAGAGUGUCGCGAACGAAGCUUCCACCGGCGAAAAAAGAGGUUCUUCGAUAAAUGUAUCGGUAAUUACAUCGACGCCUAUUAGGAGUAGAAGUGCGUCGUCGAGAAGAGGUAGCGGGGACAACGUAGUUGUCAUAACCGGAAAAGCUGACCAAGAUAUACGUCCAAAUACAUCAACCGUCCGGAUCACGGCCGAAAGUCCAGACUUAUCGAAUAGCCUAGCGAGCAACAUAAGCCAGGUAACAGUCGUGACUACUCAUCCUCCGGUAUUGGUCGACGCCGUGUCGCCGACGCCUCUCUCUUGCCGACCGUCUCCAACCUCAGAAGUGGUGAUUGUUGCGAACGAAUUGAACAAGACGCAAGUAAAUGAAAGCUCGACCGACGACGACGGAUUUCCGAGCCUGGACAGCCUGGAAUACACGCCGCAGGAACAGCCAAUUGUUCUUACGGACGCUUCGAAACGGGUGGGCAAGAAGCUGGAUGAGUCCGAGGUGUUGAUUGUAAGUCCGAUUGUGGACGAGUUGCAGGACACUAGUCACGUCUCCGUGGUGACGGUCGGUGACGACAAGGAACAGGUGAAGGACUCCUCCAUGCUAAACAAACGCGGCGCAGCGCGAACUGCCUCCUCGCAGAGUUUGCUCGAUAGAUCGAGUACAAAGAGUGAUAGCGGGGAUGAGAUUACGAAGAUGAUAGUCGCUGGAACGACUGUUGAGCACGUGGACAUCGACGACAUGGACCGAAACUCGAAGAAGGUGAACGGCUUGAUCAAAACCGAUAAGGCAGUUGCGGGUGGCCGCAUCGACGAAAAGGUUCUCAAGACGAUCAGACAGAAGGACACAGGCAAAAUGUACAAAGAGAAAAGAAUAUCUCCGGACAGCUUUGAGGGGUCGAGAUCGCAGAGCGAGUCCGGCUCGACGAGAUCGCACACGCCGAGCAAGAGCAUAGAUCGUUCGGACGCCGAGUCAAUCUCGACCACGAUCAGCCAGGACAGCAGAGAAUCGAACAAGGAAAACCACAUCAGUCAAGGACAGACGCCGGAAACGGAAGAGGAAGUAGUGCUACGGCGGAAGCCCGAUUACGCUCGCGAUAUACCGCGGCCGACCAAGACAAAGGAGGACAUACAGAUGAUGAAUUUGAAGAAAAAAACAAGAAAGCGAACUAGGAAAUUUGAGAUAGACGGGGUGGUGGUUACGACGACCACGUCUAAGGUGAUCUAUGGCGACGACGAGAACGGCAAAGUCUACGAUGAUCAGAUAUUUAGGAAGCAGGAGUUGAGGGAACUGAAGAUGCUGCAGAAGAUGGAGCAAAAGCAGUUCCAGGACCUAUCGCAGAAGGCCCAGUUCAACAAGGAUCAGCAGGAGAAGCGUUUCGAGCAGGAACGCCAGCUCUUGGAGCGGAACGCCGAAACCGAUUUGGAAACGCUUGGCCGGCAGCAGAGGCAGCAAAUUGAGCGAGCUGAAGCGCAGCAGGAGGCUGAUCUCAGGCUAGCCUCGAAGAAGAUCCGCAGCGAGCAGGAGAGGGAGCUGAAACAGUUCCGGGAGAGCCUCAAGCAGGAGCUCAGACUGCUGAAGCAAGAGGUGGAUCUGAUGCCGAAGGACAAGCGGAAGAGCGCGUUCAAGAUCCGAAAGGAGAAGCUCGAGGCCGAACACGAGGAAAGAGAGAAACACUUUUUGGACAAGCUGAACGAAAGCCACGAGCUCUCUCUGAGGAGACUGUCCGAUAGCCAUCGGGAAAAGAUCGCGCUGAUGGAGAGGCAAUUCUUGCAGCAGAAACAACAGCUGAUGAGGGCUCGGGAGGCGGCGAUCUGGGAGCAAGAGGAACGGCAUAUUCAUGAGAAGCAGCAGCUGCUGAAGAAACAACUGAAGGACAUCUUCUUCCUACAAAGGCAUCAGAUGUUGAUUCGCCACGAGAAAGAGCUCGAGCAGAUGAAGCGGAUGAAUCAGAGGAAAGAGGAGGAGCUGGUCAAGCGGCAGACGGUCGAGCGCAGAAACCUGCCGAAGCGGAUCCGCAACGAAAUGAAGGCGCGCGAGAUGAUGUUCCGGGAGUCGAUGAGAAUCUCGAUAUCGGCGGUAAUUGCGCCGGACCCGGACGCCGAGCGGGAGAAGCUGAAGAAAUUUCAGGAAAAUGAGAAGAAGAGAUACAGGGCGGAGCAACAGCGGUUCGAAUUAAAGCAUUCGAGGCAACUUGAAGAAGUGAGAGCGCAGAGUGACGCCACCAUCAAAGAACUGGAACAGUUGCAGAACGAGAAGAGGAAAAUGCUAAUGGAGCACGAAACGUUGAAGCUGAAGGAGUUGGAAGAAGCGUACGGUAAAGAACUACGGGAGUGGAAGGCGCAGUUGAAGCCUCGCAAACAGAGAUUGGAAGAGCAGUUCGCUCUACAGCUGGAGGAACAGGAGGCGAUUUAUGGACCAAGCGCGAUACCGUUGUGCUUGCCGGCGGAUCUUCCGGAUUUGACGCAUCACACGGCCGGCUCGACGCGCAGCUCGCUCUCCUCGGGAGUACGGUGCCUCUUUCGAAGCUAGCGCCGCGAAGGCGAACAUCUAACAACAUUUUGCGACGAUAGGUCCAUCUUUAUCAGUACCGCCGAGCGCGUUCACCAACGGGACGAACUUCCGUCGUCCGAUAUCGGAGAACGAGCACGUGUGAAAAUGAAACAAACAAAGAGAAAGAAUCUUACCGCAAUGAUCGUCAGACGCACAGAUCAUCGCAUCGAAUCGCAGAGAGUGAUAAUCCGAAUAGGCCAGAGCUACCUUGAACAUGUGAUCCCAGUUAUAUUUUGCAUACAGAAAACAAAGGAUUUUCGAUGUUUUAUGAACGUCGAUUAACUCGUUGGUUAACAUUGUACGAAUCUUGGAGAAACGACGAUAUUGUUUCGAACGUUUAUUUACUUGAGAAGGCAUAUACGUUUUUUCUGCAAAUGUAGUCGAGUAUUAACCGACGAAUGAACGAAUGUUCGUAAAAUGUUGAAAACAUCAGUCUUUAAUAAUGCUGUCCGAUCCGAUGCGAGGAGAACGCAGGUAGCGGUAGCGUCCAGUGUCUAGUGUGUUCGAAAGAUGCCUAGCCAAUUUUCUACGUAGGUGAAAGCAUACCCGAAGAUAAUAUAUUUUCGCUCGUUCGAACCGCAACUCUAAUUAUGAGUGCCGUUCAAGCGCACGCUGAUCCAAGGAUUUGAGAUUGGUCUCGAAUCGAUUUGGAAUCGGUUUCGAAUCGGUUUUAAAUCGCCGUGCGACCCGUGUAUUUCGAAUCCGUGUAUCUCGAGGGCUCGUGCACGAUUUCUUACGAGAGGAACGCGAAUCGAGCUACACGAAUCUAUUUUUUAGCGAAUAAUAAUAAACACGUUUAAACACUACGAAUCAAAGGUUUACGCCAAAUAUGUACACAAAUGUAUGGUUGCUUGUUGUGCGGCUACGUGGCUCGGCGACGUUAGAGAAAAAGAGAUAAAACGUGUGUGUAAAAGAGCGAGAGAGAAGGCAGUCUCUUUUUCCAAUCCAUGUUCGAAAUGGACAUGAGUGGCUGACGUGGCCCCCGUAGAUGCAGAAGUAUAUUUGUAUAAAAUAUUUCUUUUCUUUUCGUUUCGUUUUUUCAGCGUUGUAUUCUCUUAUCUGCUCGCUUGUCGUUUGUACAUUGUCACUUGUUUUCUUGAAUAGGUUUUCUUCGUUUCUCGCGUUGAUCCGUCUGAAAGAGAAAGAGAUAGAGAGAGCGAGAGAGAGAGAGAGAAAAAGAGUUUUAUGCAUGUCCCUUUGCAAGGAGUUUUUGUACAUACUUAUUAUAGAGAACUGGGACAAAUCGUUCGAUGUAUUUUGAAUAUUAUCUGGCGUGAAUGUUUUGUACGACAAUUAUUUCGACACUGUUCGUUUCCCUGGUUCUUCGCGAAAGACGGAGUUUCCAGUUGUCGACGGAAAAGCGGAGACUGUUUUCCGAAAGAAUGAGUUCCCGUUCGCAUUUCGCGGAAACCCCAUGGAACUAUUCGACGAUGGUACUAUUUUUGGAUUGAACGUUCUCUUCGAGUUGACGUAAAAUAGGAAUGUCGUGGUCGAUGGUCGAACUAGUUAAAGAAAGAGAGUAUGAAUGAGUGAAAGAGGAUAUUUGCCAAAGCAUAUAUAUAUAUAUAUAUAUACAUAUAUGUACGUGCGUAUAUGUAGACACAUACGUAUAUUCGUGGAGCACGAGGAUUAUCGAGAACGGUAACAAUCGGGUUUUUCGAUUACAAUUCAAAGUUGGGAGAUUUCAGAUUUUUAUACUAGUUACCGGGAGAGAGAGAGAGAGAGAGAGAGGGGGGGGGGGAAGCGUUUUUUCAGAAAAACAGGAUCGAGUCGCGGUAACGAGGAUUCGAAUGUUCAAACUUGUAUGGAAUGUCGUGCGCGAAUUUAACGGAACGUAAUUUAUAAGCGUUGAUCGGCGAAUACUGCUAGCGACACGGAUGGAAUGGACGAGAGAAAGAAAGGUACGCUUCCGUGAAAUUUCAUGAAAUUUCCGUAACAGCCUUACCCGUGGAGUUUAGGGAAUCGAUCGUGUUUGUUCGCGCAAGAUCGAAAGUAUUUAUACACUUAACGGCAAUUAGAAGAGCGCAGUAACGCAAUAUAUGAUAGAACCGAAAGAAGAAAACGCGUCGAGAAAUCAACGCGACGGAUGAAUUGAACGUCGAUUCGUUCGAUUUAGUCAACGUUAGGGAGAUACUUCUUUCCUUUCGUCUCUUGUUAUGCCGAGUAUUCUCUUCCUUUUUUUUUUUGUUUUGAACAUCCUUCAAAUUAUUGUACGUACAGUAUUUAAGCAUACGAGACGGUUUUGUUAUCAUUUUUUCUUUCUGUCCUUUAUCUUUUCUCUUUCUUACUUUCCUUCUGUUUUUUUUUUUUGUUAAUACCUGUAGAUCCGUUGCACGAAUUUCGUUUUAAGCGCGACGCGUGUGCCACGCGCGUGUGCGCAUACUUAUAAAUAAAUUACGGAGGAUCAAUAGACUGAGAACGAAUGAACGAAGAGAGAAUCGGGAGAUGAGAUUAUUGUUGAUCUGUUCGUUGCGAUUAAAUGUUUACAGCUGAUAGAACUGUUUCGUUGAGCUUUUGUAAUUGGACUGUGUCGUCGUCGUCAUCGUCGUCGUCGUCGUCGUCGUCGUCGUCGUCGUCGACAUUAGGGGUCGGCCUCUCGAACGGAGCGUUUAAUCGGCGGCUGGAGGAGCAUCGGUCCGAUUGUUUAUAAUAUUUAUUUCGGUGUCGAUGGGAAAAUAUUUUCAUUCCUUGCUUCUUUCUGGCAGGAAGUUUACGAGCGGUAUACUGUUCUCGUCUUUUGGCACGAGGUUCAUUCGAGGACCCGGCAUGUUUAUAUCGACGACUAAGACUCGAGUUGUCUAACGACCAUCAUUUUUCGAGCAUACUGUUCUCGCGAGGAGAACCGAUCGGAUCGAAUCGGAUCGAGGAGAAAUCGAAGUAAAAGUUACCCGGAAUAACGGUUCGUCGGCCGUGUUAGGUGUCUACGCGUGUCCGAGCGAGCGUAUUGUACAGAAAUUCUUGCCACGCUGCGAGAGGAACGUUCGUUCGAACCGUAGAUUCUUGUUUGCGUUCCUCUGUUCCUCGAGCAACGUGAAAACAGCGACGUCUCCUCGACGUUCCCGAAAGGAAGCUCGCUCGAAAACCAAGAAAGAACUUCGUAACAACCAGAAAAAUAGUGUGUCCUUAAGAAUCAACAAAAAAAGCUAACGAACGUUUUAUAAAUUUUUUUCUCGGGAGGAAGCGCGUUUUUUCACUUCCGCCGGAAUUAAAUCAAUUAGAUCGAAUUCAGUUUCACGUACUCGCGAUCGUCGUGUUCGCAUUUUUAUAGAUUUGCUAUAACGAAUUGUUACAUAGGGAAGAAAAAGAGAAAGCGAAAGAGAGGGGAGAGAGAGAGAGGGAGCGAAAGAGAUAAUUUUUUAUACACGAUAACUCUGGUUUGAGUGGUAUGACGCGUCGACUGAGAUCUAUACUUAAAGAUAUAUGUCGCUGUAACAUAGACACUUUACAAUUAAUUGCUCAGUACUAGGUUAUAACUGGAUUCAACACGAUCAUUAAUAUAGUCCGUAAGACUAAUGUUAACGAUUAUUUACACGAUAAUGUUAUUAAGAAAUAACGCAAUAAAUAUUUUACUUCUA